AGCACCGCCCACUCUAUCAUAUCGGCACCAACCUUGUUCACAUCUUAUCUUUGUGUUAUUCUCUUGCUCUACAUAUCUUGCUCUCUAGCAAGGCUUGCCGCAUCCAUCCACGGCAAUGGCUUCAGGUGCAGCUGCUCUUAAUGCGGCCGCCGCCGUUGCGGUUUUCGCCGUGCUGGUCAUGUCUUCCCAGGGGCAUCCGAAGACGGGGCCAUUAUGCAGCGACUGCGUAUCGCUGUGCAGUACGAACUGCACCGCCUACAUUGCCUCAUCCUGCCGGGAACAGUGCGACACCCCGAGCGGGUGCCAGGACUGCAAAAACCAGGUCCUCUGGGGGUGCCAGGACUGCUGCAGCAAGGGCACAUGCAGCUGCGACUGCAACAGCACCAUCGUAAAUGCCUGCAGGCUUGCCUGCUCACCCCGCUAUGCAUCAUGCCAGUCUUGCAGGUCCGGGAUUACCCAGACGUGCUAUUCCACCUGCAACAGCGACUGCAACAACAACUGCGUGAAGAAGGACCAUGGAUGUUGAGCAUUGGUUAGUGUGUGUGCUUGUGCAUCAUCCAUGUAUGCAUGAGUGUGUCGUUGUAG